GCUCUGGAGGUCGUCAACUCUAAAAUGUACUAAAAAGGAUUUAUUAAACAUAAUGAAUAAUCAGACUGACAGGUUCCAGUGUUACUCUUGUGCUGGUGAUUCCUGUAAACAACAAGAACUUGCAGUUUGUAGUGAUGCUUUAAUGUGCUACAGUUACAGUGUCAGUGAUAGCUUUGGAUACCAGACAUUUCACAAAGGAUGUGUAGCAGAGGAUAAAGCCCAGUUUUUCUGUAACACACUUCACCAUGGAGGGAAGGAACCAAGUACUGCUGAAUAUAGUGGAGAAUGCUGUCAGGGAAAUUACUGUAAUAAUGGAACUUUUCCAACUUUAGCACCUUUUAUGAUGACCUGUAAGUUUAAGAAAUUGUGUGUGACUGUAACUAAAAUGUAA